AUGGUCGCGAUCAUUAAGAUUUUCGUGAUUGCCGCACUCCAGCAGGCCUGCGCGCUUUACGAAAAGCUCUCGCCCGACGACACGAAUUCGUCGGUCAGCAACAACAAGACAUGCGCCGAGAUCUUGAAGCCCUAUUACGGCCAUACAGUCACUCACUUCAAAUCCGGACCUGUUGCCAGCGACGGAAAGGUCACUAUGGCUUUGGAGGACGCGCCCACCAUCACCGUCGAGAUCGCCGAGGGGGCGACACCAGACCGAACGGUAGACAUGGAUCUGCCUACGGAAGCAGCUGCCAUCCUGCAGGCAUCUUCAGACAAGGCCUCUACCUCCCUCAACUCUCUCAGGAAAACGAGCUCGGGUGACUCUAAGAGCCUUCAAGGCCUCUCGGAUCAAGUCAUGUGCCAUCGCAUGACCAACGAGGUGAGGAUAGAUGGACUUGAGCGAAAGGAAACCCAAAACAGCGGAGAGAUCAAGAAGAUUGCGGUUUCUGUCGAAAACCAGACGACGGUCUUGGAGAAUCAAGCUGAAACUCUCAUGACCCACUCCGAGCGACUGGAAAACAACGUAAAGGCCCUGGCGAACCAAGAAGCGACCCUUGAACUCCAUGGGAAAACCAUCAAAAUCAUCGGUACAAACCAAGUCAACUUCCAGGGCGCCUGGUCGAAAUUUGAGGACGCGCUCAACAUCACGAGGGGCAUUCUGAACACCCAUGUUGAUGAGAUACCGGAGCUUCGGAAAGCGCAAGACACGUUCCAGGAACAUAUCGUCGCCUCUUGUCGCCAAAAGGAGGCAGUCGUCAACACCCGGAUGAGGCAUCUCGCCGCCGGCCGUCAAGCAGUCAUACGCAAGAUGGAGGAGAAGAACGCCACGAUUCUGUCCCUCUCCGAGGAUCUCCAAGAAGAGCGUGCUGAUAAAGCGCUCGUUGUUGAGUACCUGCGCGCUCACACUUUCACCAACGCCCAAGCCAAUACGGUCUUUCAAGACGCCGUUGUCAAGGCCGCUGAUGGGCAGAUGGCGCCGCUCCUCAUUGGGUACAUGAUGGCUGUAAACGUCCAGCUUGGUGCCGCUGACGAGGCGACGCGUCGCAUGCCGUCCCAGCAGCCAGCCUCCGUGCCCGCCAUGUCAAACGGGCCCACGACUGUUCCUAUGACUCCUAGGGCUGCCGCUGUCUGUGGCCUUGGCGCUUCAAGGUACGCGAUUUCUGGAGCUGCAUCGCCUGCCAGCAUCCCGCCUCAUCUGAGGAAGUAG